AGAGUUCUGUCAUGUGAUUUUCUGUGGGGGCAUUUUACACUAUCGGACUGUGUACAGUCUACUUACUGUCUGGGGUUUGGCACUUGACAGGGGCUCAAGAGGUUUUUCAGAAUGUAUGCAACUGGCUCCGAGAGUUUAAUCAAACAGGCUCGGGAGAUCCAGGAGGCAGAGCUGCAGAAGUUCUACUGCAGGAUCAGUAAGCUGCUGCAGGGAAAGGACCACGGACACGAGACCAUCAACUCCCUACAGAGACUACGCCUCAUCCUGUCCGCCACCAAGUUCAGCAGAACACUGCCAGAUGAGUUGCAGAGGCGCCUGGCCUCUCUGCUGGUGUCUUCCUCUGUGGAGCAGCUGCAGGUGCUGAGCUCUGCGGUGCUCAGAGAGACACUGCCCCCCACUGGACAGGGACAGAAGUACAACGUGCUUGACAACAGCCCCCUCACCAGCCAUGCUGCUGGCCUGCUGCUCUCACAGGCAGGCUCCCAGGCAGAUCUGGCUGCGCUCUCCUCUGUCAUCCUUCGUAACCUGGAGGGACGUCCAUCUGAUGGAUCUUCACACACACUCAUGCACUCUCACACACACACUCUGCCCCUGCUAAAUGCCAUCAUCACCUAUAGUCCUGAGAGCCUUACUGAAGAUCAUGUUACCUUGCUUAGCAAGAAGAUGGUUGAUUGGCUGCGCUACGCCACUGCUCAGCAGGGGACUGUGGUGUCUUCUGGAGGGUUCUUCACGGGGCCCAGGUCUCGCCAGCCGGGACCCAUAGCAGAGCUGGAUGGUUCUGUAUCAGGGGAUUUCUUCACAGUGUUGUGUGUGAGCCAGGCCUUCUCUGAAGACCAAUGGAUGAACGUCCACUCCUUCUCAAUGCUUCGCCGCUGGCUGCUGACAUAUCACUCUGUUACCGACGGCAACAUGAGCCAAGACGCAGCUCCAGCAAACAAACUACUGCUCAGUCUCUCCCUGUCACACUCUCAUGAGGACCGCUCUGAGAUUGAGGGCUCGGUGGUUUCCAUGGUUUCUGUGACCUCGUCGUCCAGUCGACUGCUUCCUCCCAGAGAGCGCCUGAGGGAGAAGGCCUUCCUGUACUGCCAGCGCCUCAUCGAGCAGAGCGACCGCAAAGCUGUGAAGAGGGCAGACUCAGAGCUACAGAAAGCGUGCCUGGUGGAGGCGGUGUGUAUCCUGGACUGCGUGUGUGUGGAGGACUCGCCCCUGGUGUACCGGGCGUUCCCGUGUGUGAAGGCGCUGUACGGCCGGCUGAGCGCUGACCUGGCCUACGCCAGGGUUCUCCUGCCCCUGGCUCACUUCUACCUCAACCACGGCGACGCAGCGGCGGUGGACAGUGAGUGUGUGUGGAGGCUGGUGUUUGGUCGUCUCCCUGCUGAGCUGUUUAACGAGGCCCUGCUGGCCCACGAGGUGCUGAGCUUCCUCCGGCUCAACCUGCCUCUGCUGCAGCACAGGGGAGCGCUGCACCUGACCUUCUUCCCCAACCUCCUGAAGUUUCUAGCAUGGGAUAGUCCUGCAGUAAUAGAUGAUUUUGUGGAUCUGCUGCCCUCCCUGGUGACAGCAGGUACUGCAGUGGAGCUGCUGCACUCUCUGCUGGACCUGCCUUGUCUCAGCGCUGCUCUCUUCCUGCAGUACAGGUCGGCGUGUUUCCCUAUAUCCGAGCCAGGUGGGCGUGGCCUGUCGUCGCUGGAGGCGUUCCGUAGCCCCGCCCACCGUGGCCUGUUCCUCUUUCUGCUUCGAGGGGAGGCCGGGUCAGGUGACACCAUAGACAGACUGAGCGUGCUUCACGAAAUAUUGGCCGAGGCAGCUGAUUGGCCGAGAGUCGUCCAAUGUGCUCAAACCGUUCCUGUGCUGCUUCACGUCUAUUUCAAUGCGGUUGUCACGGUGGCUGAUGGGAAGCUGCUGGCUCAGAUCAUCCUGGUGCUGCUGGAGAGAAGCAGCCUGCUGCUGAACAUCCACAAGUACACCCCAGAGAUACACAGAGUGUUUAGCUGCCACCUAUUGAGGAUGUGUAAGCUCCGCCCCUCCCUGGUCGUGGACCAAUGGCAUGAGCUCCUGGAGUUUGCUGGAACCACAGGAAACGUCUACAGCAAAGAUGAUUUGUACACACAUGUGGUCUGGGUGCUUGGAGAGUAUCUGUCUGUGUCAUGUGACCCUCGUUGCACCGUGGAGCGCAUCACUUCCUGUUUUGAGUCACUGGAAGCGGUACUGUUUGAAAUCACCUCCUCUGCCCCGCCCCCUGGACAGUCUGGCCCCGCCCCCAGGGUGAUCACCUCACUAAUGAGCGCCCUGGCUAAGCUAGCAUCACGGUCACAUGACCUUAUACCCAGGGUGUCCCUCUUCCUCUCCAAGAUGCGCACCCUGUCCAGGGGAGGCUCAGUGCCAUGGUGCUCCAACGAGGAGGAUGUGGUCGCCAUAGUAACCCGAGGGGAGGAGCUGUUGUCGUUACUGAAGCUUCCCAGCGUAGCUCAGAGUGUUCUGACUCCGCCCCCCCGUGCCACCACCCCCCAGUGGCACAGAGACACCAACUCUGCACUGCCGUUACGACUCCGAGCCCUAACAAGACACACACACACACUGACUCACACACACACACACUGACUCACACACACACACACACACACUCACACACACACACACUGACUCACACACACACACACUGACUCACACACACACACACACACACUGACUCACACACACACACACUGACUCACACACACACACACACACACACUCACAUUAGCCACCUGUUAAUCAACCCUGUACUGGAUGAAUAGCAGCAGCAUCUUCAGUGAUUUAUAUAAUUUCUUUAAAAGAUAAUUUCUUUUUUUUAAUUAAAUAAAGAAAAUACUUAACCCA